AAUGGACGAAACAGAGACACCGCGUUGUCUUGUUAGCAUAGCGGAGUCUUUUUACUAGUAUCUGGUAGCAGCUAACGUUAGAAUCUAACAUGCAGUCUUUUCUAUAAAUUUCUCAACCAGGGAUGUAUGCCUUGCUUUCAUACAAAUACUUACAGUAUGCUAUAGCACUAACAGUUACGCUUUAUCCAAGCAAGAGUGCUCUGAGCCAGGGCAGACUAACGUUAACUUAAGUUAGUCGUUAAAUGCCGCAGAGUUCCGUUGGUGAAUUAUAGUUAUAUAUUUGAAUUAAACCAAACAUGAAAAUUCAGAAACAGCUAUGUAUAUUAUUUUACCAUUAAUAAUGUCAGUUGAAGUAUUAAAUCGACAGUUUGACUCAAAGUCGCUGCAGUUCAGAUUAUUUACCACAAGGUGCUGCUCGAAUAUUAGGAAUUGAAUGGAGACUAUCCUCUGGAUGAGUCUUGAGGUCCCGGGACAUGAGGAAGCCUUGUGAUACUACAGACUCUUGAAUCCCCACUGUGAUUGAGGGGAGGCUCAUGUCCGAUGGCAGCGACACAGAAACUGGCCAGUUAUCGGUUACCCCCCCUGCCUACCAUAGGGGAGAUUAUCAAACUGUAUAACCUGAGAGCCGAGAAACAACUUUCUCAGAACUUCCUCCUCGACAUGCGACUCACAGAUAAGAUUGUCCGGCAGGCUGGAAACCUGAAGGAUGCGCAUGUGUGUGAGGUUGGACCUGGACCUGGAGGUCUCACCAGGUCUAUUCUAAAAGCUGGAGCCGCAGACUUAUUAGUGGUGGAGAAGGACACACGCUUCAUGCCAGGAUUACAGCUUUUGUCUGAGGCUGCCCCUGGAAGAAUGAGGAUUGUACAUGGAGAUAUUCUCACACACAGACUGGAAAGAGGGUUCCCAGCUCACAUAGCCAAGACAUGGGACGAUGUUCCCCCCAACCUGCAUAUCAUUGGGAACCUGCCCUUUAGUGUGUCGACUCCUCUCAUUAUAAAGUGGCUGGAACAGAUGUCCAACCGAACCGGGUAUUUUAUGUUUGGGCGCACAAGGCUUACACUGACCUUCCAGAAAGAGGUGGCUGAACGGUUAACAGCCAGCACUGGAAGCCGUCAGCGAAGUCGUCUCUCUGUCAUGGCUCAAUAUCUCUGCACUGUCAGAAGCUGUUUCACCAUCCCAGGACGAGCCUUCGUUCCAAAACCAACCGUGGAUGUGGGGGUGGUGCACUUCACUCCGCUGGCUCAGCCCCAGAUCCAGCAGCCCUUCAAGCUGGUCGAGAAGAUUGUCAAGAACGCCUUCCAGUUCCGGAGGAAGCACUGUCGCACAGGACUCCAGAUGCUGUUCCCCGAGUCUCAGCGUCUGGAUCUGACAGAAGAGUUGCUGGGCAGUGCUGAUGUGGAUCCCACACUGCGGCCCACUGAGAUCUCCAUUUCUGAAUUCAGGGCUUUAGCAGACGCCUACAGCCGGCUUUGUAAGGAGAAUCAAGGCCUCAUCGACUAUGAAUUCAGAGAGGAGCUGAGACUCAAGCAUCAGGAAAAGAGACAGUCGGGCAGCAACCGUAAAGGGCUUCACCUUCACACCACAAUAGAGGAAAAUGUUACUGGGAACCGCUAACUCAGGAAACAGCAGACUCUCAAUGUGACAUUUUCAGCAGCUGGCAUGAAUUGCAUUUUUUUUGGUUCUUGAAUGGAGUAUGCAGACUAGUACUAGUAGAGUAGCCAGCAGCACUGAGGUGAAUGUGGCUAAAUCAGCUAAAAUGUUUUUCAACAAAACAAAAAAAAAAGUGCAUUGGUUUUGACACUUAAGCACUCUUUAAGGUUUUGGUGAAAACGCGGUGGAGCUUAACAUAACGUUAUGGUAGAAAUUGAAAAACAUUGUGGGCAAGAGUAUAAGAACCAAAUCAAACUCGAUGGUCCUUAUUUAUAAAACAUGUAUGCACAGAUUUGAUAUUAGAGAGUGCAUACAUUAAAAUCCACGCCAACAUUCAUAUUUAUAAAAACAGCAUUUGACGUUUCAACACAUUUUAUAAAUGAGGCUUCUAGUCUCAGACUCUGUAUUGAUCAGAGGAAGAGACGGGGUUGCCCAGAAAACAGCUAUAGGAAUGCUUUAAUCAUUUUUACAUUUGCCUAAAAAUUAUUUGACAUAUUCUUUGGGAUACAUGUGUGCUAGUAAGAUUUAUGUUUUUGUAUUAACUAAGACCUUACUCCUAUUAAUAAGGCUGCUGUGUGUUUAUGUUUAUCAAACAGCAAAAAUAAAGUUUGUGCAGGUUACAGGAUGUCAUUAGGACAAAAAUAACAAUCAGACACCCUUUAUUAUAGGUUUUGACUGUGAAGUGUCAAACGUAUAUAAACUGUUCAAAUUAA